GGGAUAAUGCUCUGAAGUAUCCACGACGUAUACAUACAUAUAGCUCAGAUCCUUUUGCCAGCUUUCUCCCAACAAGGUGCUUAUUACUCAUACACAUACAUAUACUCAUACUCACACAUAUACUUGAUAUCAACAUAUAACAUCACCACUUCAUUCAUACAUAUAUAUAUAUAUGUAUAUAUAUACACACACAUACAACAUACACACACACACACACACACACACAUAUAUAUACCCUUUCACUUCUCCACACAAAGAAUAUAAAAACUCUAUAUCAAGUUUGCCAAAUACCUCCUUAAAAUACAUACCGACACUACACUACACAUUAUACAUUUAUAUAUAUUACCUCAUCAUCCUCUUCCUCUUCUUUCUGAUAUAUCUCACCCUCACCCACACCUCACACCUCACGCCUCUCAUCCUUCUCACCAUUCACUCUUCCUUGCUAGGGCACCUCGGAACCAACUACCAUCGAAUGAACGUUUAUUAUUAAAAACAGUAUAAAUACUGUUGCGCGGUCACCAAACAAAAGAAGAAGAGAAAAAAAAAAACUCUAUUUCCCUUGUCCAAAACGCCACAAAAGAGACCCACCAAUGCCUGCCACAAUGCAGCACGUUACGUCGUUCUUUCGAUCUCAUUCGCAUCCAUUUGAUCUACCAACUGAAGGAAAGAAAACUUCCAGAAGGAAUUCAAGCAGUAGACCAUCUUUGAAAAGUCGCACACCAUCUUCAUCAGCCUCUUCGAUAGCAGACGAUAAAGCCGCAAAGAUGCACGACCUUGCCCUCCCACACAAACGCAUUUCGAUCCCUGGUCUUCAUUCGCCCAAAACUUCUUCGAAAUCCAUUCCUCAAUAUCAUGGUGCCACACUUGACUGUGCCAUUGAGUCACCCCCAUUGGUUCUCUACGGCUCUACCAGUUCGAGCACCGGCGCAUUACUCUCGGGUCAAUUAAAGUUACACAUUCACGAUGAGAAGUUUGCAAUUGAGUCUUUCAAGAUGCGAUUGGCAUUGGAGGUUACACAAAAGAAACCAUUCCAUGCGCAUUGCCAUGAGUGCACCCACCAGUCAAAGGAUUUAACUACGUGGAAUUUCCUUCAAGGUCCCGCCACACUUCGCAAAGGCGAACAUGACUUUCCAUUCAGCUUUCUCCUUCCUGGACAUCUACCUGCAAGCAUGAAGGGUAGCUUGUCUAACAUCGAAUACGUUCUCAAAGCUACCCUGGUCCCAAAGACUGGCGAGCCAAUGAAACUCUCCCACAUCCUCAACAUCAAGCGUGCUAUUAUCCCUUCCGACACACCACGAAACUCGAUCCGAAUCUUUCCACCAACAAAUUUGACUGCCAACUGUCAACUUCCUCCCGUCAUCUAUCCAAUUGGCGAAGCAAACAUUUCCAUGCGCAUGGAUGGUGUUGUAAAUCGUAAUGUGGAUGCCAAGACACAGAACCAUUGGAAGUUGAAGCGUUUGACAUGGCGUUUGGAUGAAACUCAUAGAGUCAUCUCACCAGCAUGCCCCAAACAUGCCUCAAAGGUGACCAAGGAAGGCGAGAACAAGAAGGGUGCUGCUCAUCAAGAUGCUCGUACUCUAGCUACUGAGGAGAUCAAAUCUGGAUGGAAAUCAAAUUACGAUACAGCGGAUGGAGCCAUUGAAAUCGAAUUCCCCAUCUCGAUUCGUCCUGAUGCAAAACCAAUUUGCGAUAUGAAAGCUGAGGAUGGUACGGAAGUUUUCCAUACUCUCAUUGUCGAGAUGAUUGUUUCGGAAGAAUUCGCACCUAUCAAAAAACCAACACAAGUAACACCAACUGGAGGCGCAAGAGUUUUAAGAAUGCACUUCAACCUCACAGUCACCGAGAGAUCAGGUUUGGGCAUCUCAUGGGAUGAGGAACAACCUCCUCUAUAUGAGAAUGUACCCGCCAGUCCCCCAACUUAUGUCAACACGGAAUUAUAUGACGGACCCCCCAUUCCUGAUUAUGAACACUUGCCAGCAUUGGAUGGAGCAAAUGGAAGUGACCACGGAGCUCAUUAAUCAGAUAUAUAUCUCAUGACUCAUGAAUAUUUGAAAAUUAUCGGCGUUUGGGAAAUUAGAUGCAUACACAUGCAUAGAGAGAGUACUGGGUAGUUUUACGGGAAAGAAAAAAAAAGGGGAUUUUACAUUUGCUUUGGGCUAAAGGCGUACUUUGUUCGGAUAUACCCCCCUAAAAUACGGAUGGAUCUUCAUUGGCAUAUUUGUUUAUGCUUGUGAAUUGAACUGGGAUGGAAUCAAAAAUGGAGUUUUUAAUUGUUGAAAUGGGAAUACAUUCUACUCUUUAUGUGGAUGAGAUGAGAAGAGAAGAGGAGAUUCGUAGGGUUAUUAGUAAUUACAUACAGAUACCUACAUAUACAUAUAAUUACUGAAAUAGUAUUGCUUAAUUACUUAAUUAGCUGUCUAAUGGAAAAAAUUGAAAUGAAAUGGAUCUUUCA